UACAACUAGAUCAAGAUCUACAAUAAUAGUUCAUUUCAAUCAUGUGGAUCUAGAUCGAUAUAAAUAUAGAUUCCUAAAUAUAGAUCUAUAUCUAUACUAUAUCUCUUAUACUAAUAGAGACUAAACUAAAUAAUGUUCAAUGUAACUAAGAUUAAGCAAUGAGCCAGCACCAGUGGCAGUAUCCAAAAAAUCUGACCCAGGAACUACAGACUUUACACUUAAGACCAGCAGUACUCGCAGUAGUGACCAGUACUAGCGGCAGUACAGUAGAGAGAUCUAUCACCAGCAUCACAAUAAUCACAUCUCCUGAGACGAUUGAAUUGUGAGGCACCAUGUUUCACUCCAUUCCAGGCAUCAUCACUAACAAAAUGACUGUUGGGAAAUAUUUGACCUUACAGCAGCCUGCUGAUCAGAUCAUGGCUGAAUAUAUCUGGGUUGAUGGUACUGGUGAAGGUAUCCGCAGCAAGUGUCGCACUCUGGACUUUGAACCUGAAAAACCAGAGGAUUGUCCUAUUUGGAACUUUGAUGGUUCUAGCACAUAUCAGGCAGAAGGCUCCAACUCGGACAUGUACUUGUACCCAUGUGCACUGUUCAAGGAUCCCUUCAGAGGUGGGGCUAACAAGUUGGUCCUGUGUGAGGUUUAUAAAUUCAACAAGAAACCAGCUGAAACCAACAGAAGAAAGUCCUGUAAAGAGGUCAUGGAACAGGCCAGACAUGCUUGUCCCUGGUUUGGUAUUGAACAAGAGUACACAUUGCUGGACUACGAUGGUCACCCUUUUGGAUGGCCCAAAAAUGGGUUCCCUGGACCUCAGGGACCUUACUACUGCGGUGUGGGCUCUAACAAAGUGUAUGGCAGAGAUAUAGUUGAAGCUCACUAUAGGGCCUGUUUGUACGCUGGGAUCAAGAUCAGUGGAUGUAAUGCAGAAACCAUGCCAGCACAGUGGGAGUUCCAGGUGGGUCCCAGUGAAGGCGUCGACAUGGGAGACCACCUCUGGAUUGCCAGGUACAUUCUUCACAGAGUUGCUGAAGACUUUGGCGUGAUUGUCACCCUUGAUCCCAAACCCAUGGAGGGAGACUGGAAUGGCGCAGGAGCUCACUGCAACUACAGCACAAAAGAAAUGAGAGAACCAGGUGGCAUUAGAGCCAUUGAAGAAGCCAUAGACAAGCUUUCCAAACACCAUGUACGACACAUCAAGGCCUAUGAUCCCCGGGAGGGCAAAGAUAAUGAGCGUCGUCUAACUGGUCGGCAUGAGACAUCCAGCAUUCAUGACUUUUCCGCUGGUGUGGCCAAUCGUGGGACUAGUAUUCGAAUACCUCGCCAGGUUGCUGAAGAUGGGUAUGGUUACCUGGAGGACAGACGACCUGCAUCCAACUGUGAUCCGUACUCUGUGACGGAGGUUCUAGUUAGGACUACUGUGCUGGAGUAAUUUCAUUUAAGGAUCCUACAGUUUAUAUUGAGUUUGUUGCUACUGUAGGCCCAUGUGUGUGUGCGUUUAGGUAUUGUUCAAGCGUGUGUACUAGCUUAGAUCUGCAGCAUUUCCAAUAUUAUUUAUUUACUAAAAAAUUUGUAUCCGAGUUUUUAAAACUUUUAUUGUUGUUGAAAAGAUGUUCUAAUGCAGCAGUCCUCAAACUUUGAAGCUCUAGGACUACCUCAUUGUUUGAUCUUCCACUGGGCCAUUGGCUCUGUUGAGUGUGUUCAUGACUCAACUCUUUAUUCCCAGGCUACUCAAGAAAUGGUUGAAGUCUGUUAACAUGUAAGCCUAUACUUUUAAAACACUAAUUUUUAUUAUGGAAGCAUCUUCAUUAUGGAAUGCUUCUUUCCAAAGGAUCUGAAGUCUAUUAUCAUAUUUUUUUUUAUGUCAUCAUACUUUUAACUUUCUAUGAACUCUGUCUUGUGUGUGUUGGAAAUCUUAGUUUGUUGCAAUAUUUUGUUAAAAAAACAACAACAUAUUUUUGUUGCUGUAGUAUUAAUGUUAAGCCUCACACUUGCCCAAGUUAAUUUUUGUCUAUUGUAAUGUACAAGCAUUUGUGUAAAUAGUAGAUUUACAAUAAUUUUUCUAGCUGCUGUAUUUAUCAGUUUCUAUUUUUACACAUGCUGUUGCUAAAGUAGAUUUUUUUGUUGGCAAUUAUGGAAAUAGUUUUAUUUGAGUUUACUAUCAAUAUCUCACCUUCACCUAGUCUUUUGGACCAUUGGGGGACCACACAAGAUUUGUCUACUGUCUUUCUCCAUUUCUCUCUGUCUUAUACCUUAGAGUUGUUGUUUUUUUUUUUAAAUUCCUCUCUGAUAUAAAUGGUUUUUCACAUAAUCAUGUCUUCAGUUGGACUUAAAUGUUAAAGGCACCAAAGAAGAAAAAAAAAAUAUAAUCAAAAGCCUAAAUUGGCUCCUCUUCUAAAAAAAAAAAAAAACAAUUUUUUAAAGGCUUUCAUAAUUGUUAUCAUAAAGUCUAUAUGACAAAUUCAGAAACAUUAUAUUUUACAAUGUUUCUAUGUUUAAGAUGUCAUUGAAAUAUUUUUUAAGAAAUAAAAAUUUAUCAAAUUUUAAAAUAAAUUUUAAAAAAAUGAAAAUAAAAAUAUUAUGUUGUGAAGACAACCAUAUUUUUUUUAGUUCGUUAUGAUGUCAUUAUUUUUUUAAAUAACAAACUGUUCAAGUAUAAUCUUGCUGGAAACAGUUUUUGACUCUUAAAUGAGAGGAUCCUGUAUUCAAAAGGUUAUGCCAAUGUUUUAUAUUUGUCAGAAUUUCUUUACAACAUAAUGCAUUUGAACUGAUUAUUUCUAUUUAUUGUAAAUAUGCUGAAAAGGAAAAAAAAAUUUGAAGUUAACACUUUACUGGUGUAGUUAAUGUUCGCUUGAUUUCACCUCUGUCAUUUGUAAGCAGAAGUAAUUCUGACAUUGAUUUUAUUUACAGAAAAAUAUAUUUAUACACUUGUAUAUUACUAAGCUUUUGAUUUUCAUUUACUAGUUUGAAAUCAACAAUCCUUGUACCAUUUUAAAAAUUUCUAUGGGAAUCUUUUUGAAACAAAAUUUGUUUUACUAUGUAAUGCUUUAAAUUGCCUGUUUGGAUGCUUGAAUCUUUAUUUAAAAAAAACAACCCACAACAGCUCUUGGACUUUGAUCUUCCAGCUAAAAAACAUCCUUAUUGAUAUGUUCUACAAAACAAGGCAUAGCCAUGCAAACGUUGUGAAGAUUCUUAUUGCAUUUUACCACUAUGGUUUAUCCAUCUUUGUUUGAUGAUGACCACUUUUGUCAUCCAGGGAGCUGAGGGCUUUGCUGUGGGUUUUUCUGCCUCUUUAUGUGGCUGGUAAGACCUACUUGAGCUUGGAAUGUUCAGCUGCACACUGGGCAGGUUAUUCCAGCUAGUGUCAUUGACCUUACCACUAAACUUAUUUAAGACAACUUAAUGACAAAAAGUGUACAAUUAUAAAUGAUAAAUCUGGACUUUAAAAUAAUUCAGAACUUAAUUGAAACUCUUUUAUAUUAUAUAUUUAACUCUUUUAAAACAUGUCAUUUAUUGAUGCAGUUAGUGUUGAAACAGUAUGAAAAUAAACCAAUAUUUGAGUGAAUAAUAAUCUGUGCUGGUCUUAAAGUCUGAUGAUGCAAAGUCAGACUAGACCAUUCAUCCAGAACUAAUUGUACUUUCUUAAUUAACCAUUGUGAUCAGCUUUGAUAGUUGUACAUAUCAUUUUUACCUAUGUUUCCCACCAUAUUAAGGAUUUAUGAUUGGUAACUCAGUUAAACCUUGUAGUUUUAAGUUACCUGUUCAGGAAGUUUGGUUUUAAUAGAUGAAUGGCAUUUGUUCAUUGUUUUAUUUAUAUGGCAUUUGUUUCUUUUCAAUUCAUGGUGCUGUUUCCUACCAGUUGUUACACAUUCUCUUUUAUGGCACUCAUUUAAUUCAUACAUUCAUCCACUUGAUCAUUUCCCAAAUAGUAUUUCUGUUGUGGGACACAACAAGAGAUGUCGUUGCUUCAGUCCUCCCCCCCCUUCCUCACCACUACAUUAUUUUCAUUAUAACUGCCAGGUGGUGGGAUUUAUCCGAAACUUAAAAAAAUAAUUUAAAAAAAAAACACUUUUAAGGGUAAUUCUGAGUUGUAAUUUUGUUAACAAAUUUUAAAAAAAUUUAAUGACUUAGUUCCAAGACUGAAAAUCUUAAUUUGUCCCUAAUCCUACAACUAGCAAGUGUUUGUUGCAGAAACUCUAAAACAGCCAAAAUAAAGCAUGUUAGCCUAAUCUCAGAUGUGAUCGUUUUCUAUAAAUUAAGGCACUUGAGUUAUUUUUUGUUCCACAUAUCUCAGUUUAAUAUUGAUAUAUUUGCUUGUGCCUUUGUUUUUGUUUCUAAAGAGUACUCAGCGACUGUUUAAUCUCUCAGGAUUUGAUCUCAACCUAAAGCCAAAGCACUGUGUUCAUUCCAUUCUGUGCAGCUCUCCUCAGCUUCUAAAUCUUUGAGCUUUAGACUGAUUGGAAAGGCAGCCAAUACUAAGUAGCACAUUGUCGUGUCAUAGUAUUAUGUCUUCUCAGUUUAUUAUAUGCACCCAGAUGUAAAAGCUCAUAGAUCUAUUUAUCUGCAGCAUAAAGCGGUACUAUUUUAAUUAGGGCCUUAUAUGAUAAGAUAAUGUUUUAUCAAAAGUUUUAUGCAUUUUGCAUAUUUGUCACAGGAUUCCCAAUGCACUGUAAUAAUAUUUUCUUCAAUACAUAAUUGGAGUAAAUUUGUAUCCUGUAGGAAACGAUUAAAGCUAAGAUUGUUGCCAAUUUUAGACAUGGAAGCAUAUUAAAUAAUGUCAAAUUAUUUUUUUGUCAUUGAUUUUUUUUUUCUGUGUGAUGUUAUGUAGUCAAUUGAUUCCUAUAAGUAUUUGUGUAUUAUGUACAAAUAAAAACCAUGAAUCUUCUGAAA